UGAUAGUCCUGAUAAUGAACUUAUCAGGACUAAAGGAAGUGCAAUCACUUGCGUGUUUGUAUUAGUGAUAAUAAGUUUUAGACGAUGAAUAUCUUCGACUGGACGUUCUUCCUGGUGUCUAAACUGAUCCCAAUUCAAGUGAUAGUCAAAGAGGGAGUCUUGGAGGGAGAUGUGGUGUGGAAUCGUUACGGGAGUCCCUAUUACAGCUUCAAGGGCAUCCCAUAUGCGGAACCACCGGUCGGAGAUCUACGGUUUAAGGCGCCUAUCCCCAAAUCGCCAUGGGCAGGAGUUCGCAACGCCAAAGAGCACGCUCCAAAAUGUUAUCAACCACAACUAUACGCCAAGGAAACUCAAACCCCAAUAGGAAGUGAGGACUGCUUGUAUCUCAACGUUUAUGCGCCCAACAUUGUCCCAAUAAAGUUCCUGUUACCUGUCAUGGUUUGGAUUCAUGGAGGAGGGUUCCACAGUGGCAGUGGGAAUGAUGACGAGCAAAGUCCUGAAUACUUCAUGAGAAAAGAAGUUAUCCUAGUCACCUUGAACUAUAGACUCGAGGUCUUAGCUUUCCUCUCCCUCGACACCGAAGAUAUUCCUGGAAACGCUGGUAUGAAGGACCAGGUGGCUGCUCUGAGAUGGGUUAAAGAAAACAUACAAAAAUUUGGCGGAGACCCUGAUAACAUUACAAUUUUUGGGGAAAGUGCUGGAGGUGCUAGCGUUUCAUUUCAUCUUGUUUCACCGAUGAGCAAGGGUUUAUUCAAAAGAGCUAUAGCACAAAGCGGUGCUCUAACGUGUUGGUGGCCAAUAACGUUCAGAGCACGAGACAGAGCAUUGGUUCUUGCAAGAAAAUUAGGGUGUAGUUCCAAAGAUGACAAAGAAAUUUACGACUGUCUUCUUGCCCAACCUGUAGAAUCUUUAGUUUCUACAAAGAUCAAAGUUACUUAUGUCCAAUCAGCAAAAGCGUGUGUAAAUGUACACUUCGGUAUCGUUUCGGAAAGACGAUUUGGUGAAAAUGAAAGAUUCUUCUCCGGGCAUCCGUAUGAUGUUCUACGUAACGGCAUUCACGAAGGCGUACAGGUAAUGAAUGGUUACACAGAAGAUGAAGGGACGCUGUAUUUUUUACGCGCCGACCGCGACGCUGAAGAAGUUUUCGAACAAGCCAAUAACUUCAAAGAAUUCUUCGUUCCUGAACCCUAUACAACUAAUACAACUUUAGUUACUCAAAUGGAAAUCGGUGAAAGGUUCAGAGAAUUCUAUUUAGGAGACAAAACUGCAUCAAAGGAGACGGUGGAUGAAAUGAUGAAAUAUUUCAAUAUGGAAGUUUUCGUGUACGGAAUAAUGGCCCUACAAAAAAUUGUCGCCAAAACGACUCAAGAGUCAAAUAAUUACUUGUACAAGUUCACGUGCAAGUCAGAACUGAAUCAGUUUGCUCGUCAGACGGCCAUAGACUCGUUGUUUGCACAUAGACCAGUAGUGGCACACGGUGGUGACCUUCGGUACCUCUUCCCGCUACUACCUGCAUUCGGUCCGGAAAUCGAUAUGAAUUCGAACACGUUUAAAAUGAUUAACCAAGUAACUACGCUAUGGACCAACUUUGCUAAAUACGGUAAUCCUACUCCAGAUGACAGUUUGGGUACCAAGUGGCUUCCUUAUACAAUAGAAAACCAGGAUUAUUUGGUCAUUGGCGAGGACUUGGUACCAGGGACGUUUCCUGAACAGGAAGAUGUGGAGUUUUGGGAGGACAACUUCAAAGAACAUUUGCCUAAACUAGUGCCAUAAAAAUGGAAUUUGUAAAUAAAAUCUUACUUU